AUGACGCUCGAGAAGGACAUCCGCGACUUGAAUUCAAGCUGGGAAGGCCAUAUAAGAUCUUAUAAAGACGACAUCAACAGAAUCAGAACGACGCUCGGGAGCAUCGAGAGUAAAGCAACAGAGAUGCUCCGCCAAAAUCGCUACGUGAUCGACAAAAUUGAUGUUGAGCUGCUCACAUCAAAGCUGUCUGCUCUAACUGUCGAAACUGAGCUUAUGAAGAGGGCCCGCGAGAUUCUGAAAAGUUUGGACUAUGAGCAGCGCCACGCGAGGCAUGAAGCGAUCCCACUUGCGCAUCAGCAGACCUUUCGAUGGGCAUUGCAGGAACGCCGAGGCCCGGGCAGUGUUGGCCAGGGCUACCUACAGAGUGGGGUUGACUUUCCUCGCUGGCUGCAAGAAGGAAACGACACGUUUUGGAUAUCCGGAAAGCCAGGAUCAGGAAAGUCGACGUUGAUGAAAUUCAUCGCGGGCCACAAGGACACGCGGCACAUGCUUGAUAAUACUCUCGCCGACCAGACAAGGCCAGGAAUUAAAUUCUGCAUUUUUGUUGACGGCUUGGACGAAUUUGAGGGCGACCCGUUGGACCUCAUCAAGCCCCUACAAGCUUUAUCGAAAUCCAGCCUGGUGAAGCUGUGCGUUGCCAGCAGGCCCUGGAACGCCUUCGAACAGGCAUUUGGUCAACGUUCUGAUUUGAAAUUAUACGUCCAUGACCUGACGUCUGAGGAUAUCCGUGCUUUUGCAUCAGACCGCCUGAAGACUCACCCUAACUGGGGUUCAUUCGCCUCCGAGGAAGACUCUAAUUCUAUCAUUGAGAAUAUCACAGAAAGAUCUGGAGGGGUGUUCCUUUGGGUAUUCCUAGUCACAAGGGAGUUACGGGAAGGUCUGAACAAUUUCGACACCUUGGCCGACUUGAAGAAAAGGCUGCACAAAAUGCCGUCCGAGCUCGGUCCAUUCUUCAAGCACAUCCUGGCUUCUGUGGAUUCAUUCUACCAAGCCAAGACGGCAGAAACACUUCGGCUCUCGUUGGCGGCAGACGAGGCCAAUCGCGGGUUUUCAAUGCCUUUCAGCCUUUAUUACUUCCACGACAAGGAAUAUGACGACCCAGGAUUCGCCCUGAGGAUGCCUGUCGAGCCCAAGCCGGAGGCGAACACAGCCAUGCACAUGAGGCAGAGAGUCCACUACCGGCUGAACGGUAUCUGCAAGGGGCUCCUUGAGCUGAACGGCAAUUUUGUCGGCUACCUCCACAGAACCGUGAGGGACUGGCUCAGGGACCCUGAGAUGCAACAAUACCUAGAGGAAAAGUCCGCGGCAACAUUCAACCCCUUCGAGGCUAUCCUGUCAGCAUCCUUGGCAGGGAUCAAGAGCACCAGGUUCACGGACGGCAUACUCACCAGGAAAGAUGGGUUGGCCUACACGUGGCACGGAAAAUUGAACCACCGCCUGCGAGAGGCUCUCUCAUACGUUUCCUAUGCCGAGACCGCUAGACAUAGCGAUGCGGAAAUAGUCCAGAUCGUCGAUUGCUUGGGUGAUUCCGUCGAGAAAUUAUUCGCCGUCAAUGGCGCGCAAUUCAGUCUCUGGACAGAGGCGCCUGCGAGGAACCCUAGAAUGAUGUUCAGGCAGCAUUUGUUGGAAGCUCGACUCUGGGAUUAUAUUUCACUAAAGCUGCAACAUGACCCCGGUUAUUUCGCUCAGUAUCCCGCCACGCCCUUUUACGCAUUGUUGAGAGAUGAUACACUAGCGAGCCAUUCCCGAAUGGUAUGGACACAAGAGCGGGUCGAGUUGGUCAACGGCGUCCUGGCUGAGGAGCAAAACAUUGCCUCCGGACGCAGCUACGACAGUGCCUCCGCGGACAGAGUCAUCUGGACAUUGAUGAUACGAGAUUGCCUGCCUGAAAAUAUGGUGGACAUUGAGACCAUACCUACGGCUGAGAAUCUGUGUUCAUUCAUGUCCGCACUCGAGUUAGGUAUCAUGUCCACAUUAGCCAGUCGGCUUCAACUGAGUGCGGAGAUUUAUGUGGCCCACACUCCUCUUAUCUCCAUACCAUCCUGGUUUGGACUCAUUUUACUGCUCUUCAAAUGUGGAAGCCUCUCUUGCCAGCGAAAGGAGGAGUCGAUCCAGGUUCUUGAAGAGUGUCUCGAGUCACCCAGCACUAGUGUUGCCAGAUUGGGUACAACAUUUUAG